CCUUAACUCGCCUUUUGAUAUGGAUUUCAUGUAUAGGUACAUAUAUGUAUCGUUAAAUACAGCAGAGUUUUAAUUCUCAACAGACGCUUUAGAAGAGCGGUUGAAAAUCUCGUAACUACAGAGACACAGUAAAAUUGCACAGUUCCCCUCGCAUCAACUGUGAAAGGUAAAAUUGGAACUUCCAUGAAUAAGGUUAGGUACCUGAGCUCUGAGACGCCACUUUAUGCGCUGCGCCACACUACCUCGGAACUUGGACGCGUUCUCCAUUUCAAUUUAAUUGAUUAGGUAUGACGCGACGAGGCUGAAGAGGUUAAUACCUAUUGAUACUUGGACUAAGUAUCAUCUUACUGACAGUCUGAUGGCGACUAUCAAGGCCAUCGAGGCACGAACUAUCCACCAAAUUCAAUCCGGUCAAGUCAUCGUUGAUCUAUGCUCUGUGGUGAAAGAGUUGGUAGAGAAUAGUUUGGAUGCGGGAGCCACAAACAUUGAGGUUCGAUUCAAGAACCAGGGCCUAGAUUCUAUCGAGGUUCAGGACAAUGGCUCAGGCAUAUCCAAACAGAACUACGAGACAUUAGCACUAAAGCAUUACACCUCUAAAUUAUCCACAUAUGCAGAUCUUUCCUCCCUCCAAACCUUUGGCUUUCGAGGAGAGGCUUUAUCGUCCCUUUGCGCCUUAUCUAAAUUCACUGUGACAACAUGCCUGGCAUCAGACGCCCCAAAAGGAUCGAAGCUGGAAUUCGAAACCUCGGGGAAGCUUUGCAGCACGAGUAUCGUAGCUGCCCAGAAAGGCACUACAGUGACUAUUGAAGGACUUUUCCAUAAUCUACCCGUCCGUCGCCGCGAACUGGAGCGGAAUAUUAAACGGGAGUGGAACAAGGUCAUUGGCGUACUCAACCAAUAUGCCUGCAUCCAGACUGGACUUAAAUUCUCUGUGUCUCAACAGCCGAACAAGGGCAAGCGGAUAGUACUAUUUUCCACCAAGGGCAACCAGACAACUCGGGAAAAUAUUGUUAAUGUGUUCGGAGCAAAAACCCUAGCCGUCCUUAUUCCCUUAGACCUGAAGCUCGAGCUAGAACUUACCAGCGCACCAGGCCAGAAAUGGAGCGCGCAGGGCGAUAGUAGCAACGUUCACGAAAUCCAUAUUAAGGGGCAUGUAUCUCGUCCUGCCCAUGGAGAAGGGCGUCAGACUCCAGAUAGGCAGAUGUUCUUCGUGAACGGUCGCCCUUGUGGCCUGCCACAGUUCGCCAAAGUAUUUAAUGAGGUGUAUAAAUCCUACAAUGCCUCCCAAUCUCCCUUUAUUUUCGCUGAUAUUCAACUGGACACCCAUCUCUACGAUGUUAAUGUCAGUCCGGACAAGCGCACGAUUCUCUUGCAUGAUCAAACUCGAAUGCUCGACAACCUUAGGGAGGCUCUCGUUGCCUUGUUUGAAUCGCAAGAGUAUGCAUUGCCGACAUCCCAAUUAUCAGUUUCAAAACAGACACCUUUCAAAAAGCCUUCGAUAAGUAGACAAAAUACCCCCCUCUCUGAAAUUGGGUCAAAACAUUCCAUCUCAGUUGAGAACGAGCCCCGGCAAAUUUCAAUGUUUAUGAAUACAAAGGACACAGAACAUCAGGACGAAAUUGAAGACGACAAGUCUACAAGCGAGUCAGCACCGAAAAGCUCAGUCUCGACGAAAUCACCAGCUCCUGAUAGUCAGGAUCUCAAUCUAAUGAGUCGAUGGGUCGAACGGAAAUCAGAAUUCCGUGCUGAUACUCCUUCAACCGCGACUAGCGCCUUGGAAGAUGACGGACCAGAAGCUUCAAAGUCGAAAGGACAUAUAUUUUCUAAAUUUGCGAAAAGUUAUACAGAAGAUGGCGUCCAUGACCCUGAGAGUAGUGCUAAAGGUCCGGCGUCACCUCCUGCACCCUCAGAGGAAGAGCCCAGCGAGGAGACAGAUUUCCGUGCGCGUUUGGCCGAGUUAAGCAAGAUCAAGACAAGUAGACGUGACGCUAGUCAGGCAUCAAGCACUCGAGAAGUAAUUGAACCACCUAUACCAGCCGUAUCUACCUCAUCUCGUGUGUCGGACAUCAAGACGAGUAGAGUUAGCUCAUCUGCAGCUACGAAGCGAUCAGCGCCAGAAGUGGCCACGAUUACGGUAGGUAACCAUACAGUUACUAGCAUUAUUGGCUCUCCUUCGAAAAAGCAACGAACAGGAGAUGAUAGGACCCGCGAGCCAUCGACGAGACAACGAGCUUCAAAAGAGGCUGCCUCGAUGCCUUCAUUUAACGGACGUUUGACGCAGAUGUUUGCGGCCUAUUCGCAAUCGAAGGAAGCCGAGCCGAUGCAUAUUAAGAUAACCCCAGAAGCAACGGAACUUUCGGAUGAUUCUGAUGGUUCCAGUGAACAGCUAUUUGUCGAAGACAAUGACGAUGAGCAGGACAAUCAAGACGAGGAACCAACUCAGAGCGAAGUGGCCACGGAGAGCGUUGGAGAGCAAGGUCACGAAUCUGAUAACCAAUCCCCUGGACCUGAGAGUGUAAAUAAUCAUCUACAAGACGACGUGCCACCAUCUCCAAGUCUGUCUCCAGGUGAUGCGCAUAUAGACGAGCAGACUGAAGAUACCCAGGAAGAAAUUGAGUUGGGAGCUACUACUGUUACUGCUCACGGUUCAGGAUCUGCCGUCUCUGAAGAGACACAGAAACGUACACAAAGCUUCGUGAAGGGCGGUACCAAGAAGAAAGAUUCAACUCUCCCCUUACUACAAACGUUGCGUAUAGAUGAGCAACAUAUACGAAGGUCCCUAGCAAUGCAUCAAGAAUAUCUUGAGGAUAUCUCAUUAACAACGGGAUCUAAGCUUGCCGCGGAAAGACUUGAUGCCGAGGACGCCGAGGAGAAAUUGUCUCUGACGAUCUCGAAAGCUGACUUCGGGAAGAUGAAGAUUAUUGGGCAGUUCAACCUAGGCUUCAUUAUAGCGGUUCGUGCGGCCAAAGUAGACCCUGAGGACACCGAGGAAAGGCGCGAUAGAGAUGACGAGCUUUUCAUUAUUGACCAGCAUGCGACAGACGAAAAGUACAACUUCGAGCGGCUUCAGGCUAAUACUGUUGUGCAGUCUCAAAGGCUGGUCCAGCCCAAGGCGUUAGAGCUCACAGCUCUCGAGGAAGAAGUAAUUAGAGAGAAUCUCGAAGCCCUGGAGGCGAACGGCUUCAUCGUAGCCAUGGACGAGAGCGGCGAUCAGCCGGUAGGAUCCCGCUGCCAACUUCUCAGCCUGCCGCUUAGCCGGGAGACGACGUUCUCGCUCGCCGACCUCGAGGAGCUAAUCUCGAUCCUGACGGACCACCAGUCUACAUCGGCAAACUCCAUCCCGCGACCCUCCAAGGUCCGCAAGAUGUUCGCCAUGCGCGCCUGCCGCAGUAGCGUCAUGAUCGGCAAGUCCCUCACCCUCAAGCAGAUGGAGAAGCUAGUCCGCCACAUGGGCGAGCUGGAUAAGCCGUGGAACUGCCCCCACGGCCGUCCGACGAUGCGGCAUCUGUGCGGCCUCGGCGCGUGGACCGAGAUGGCGUGGAGGGAGGGCGACGGAUUCGGCGGCGAGAGAACGCCAAGGACGGACUGGAGUGCGUAUGUUAAGGAGAAGAAUGAGCUGUAGUAUGUAGGUACCUACCUAUGUAUGUAUGUAUCGCUAUUUGAGUAUUUGGGUUUUUAGUACUUUGCAUGUAUGCUGCAUUGUUAGGGCGUAUGGCAACGAGGGGUCUGCUUGUUAGAUUUUAUGGAUAAUACCCCUUGUCAAUAUAAUAGUGCAAGUGUUUACUUGAGAAUGUAUAGUUAAUCGCUAGUUAUUUAUUUGCAAUACUGGAUCUUGGGAUUUAACACGCACGGAAAGGUAAGG